UUAGUCUCGUGUGUCACGAAAUGUGAGUAGAAAUAAAUACCGGCAGCUAGACAACAGUCUAUUAAAAAUAUGGACAUACACCACCAUGAUUUUAUAUUUCGGUGGCCAUCCAGCAAGCUAUCCAGCCGAAUCCAGUCUAUACCACAGAGACAUGCUUUAUAAACUACGGUAGUUGGUACUCACAGACAAACUGUUCAAGACAUGGAUGGAAACCAGAAUUUAACUAGAUCUGUGACUGAGGUCACAGAGACGGAUGUUUUCAUUAUUGAGGACGUCUAUUAAUGACCUCUAGAAUUAGGUCUACAUGUCAACAAACUUAUAUCGGAUGUACAUAUGUAAACAAAUGUAGUCAAUCAGGAAUGUCACACUUUACCAAGUUCCUUCCUUAUUUUCCUUAUUUACUGUUUAUUGUUAUUUGGCCAGGCGUGGUGUCUUUAUCUUGCACAGGACAAACAACAAUUUGUGCUGAAAAUUCAACAGAUUGUUAUGUCAGAUGUAAAGAGAAUUCUACCAAUGUUUAUUUUGUGUCUGAUGAUCAGCGUUGUGCCAGUGCUGAAAACUUUAACUUAAGUUCUGAUGGAAGAUGGAAGGUUAACACUAGCACAACCGGAGACAGGACAUUUUCUUGCUGUUCAGAGCAUCAGUCUAUGAUAUGUAGUUUAACUCUCAUAAUAUAUGAAAUACCCAGACCAGUAAAUGAUUUAAGUUGUAAAGUUCACCUUGAAAAAGAUCAUGAAUUGCAGACGGCUUCAGCUUACUGUGAUGUUCAACAAAACGGGUCUUUUGCCUUAGCUCUCAACAUUACAUCAAAAUACUACAGGGCAGAAUGUGAGAAUAUAACAGAUACAAAAUUUAAAUGUCCAUUUGAAAAUGUGCAGACAUUGAGCUUUUUAUAUACAAUUAUUGUUAGUGCAUCUCAACCAACAUCUUGUACUUAUUGUGGCAAUGAAACAGCUGAAAAACAAUUUCCAAUUUCACCUUUAAAAAACAUACAUCAUUCAGAUCUGAUAUUACAUGUACAACAUGUAACUUGUAAUUCAACCAUGAUCAAAUUGAAAUUACCAGAGGAUACUUUAUAUUAUUUUCCUGUGGAAAAUGAGAAAUGGGAAUAUAAUAUAGCUUACUUCCCAUCUUCAUCACCUGAACAAUAUAAACAAACACUUAGGGGUAAAGUACACAGCGAAGCAAGGAUUAUAACCAUAUCAGACUUACAUCCGUAUGAAAAUUAUACAUUUUCAAUAAAGUGGAAAUAUAUAGUGUACAACUACUGGAGUGAUGAUGUUACUAUUAAUAUAACCACAAGAAUAGGAGUACCAAAUUAUGCCCCUGUUGUUCCUAAUAAAAACCAUGCUAAAGGUGUCAAUGAAACAGCUAUAUAUCUGCAGAAAAAUCCUGAGGAAUCAGAAAAUGGACCUAUCAUCAAUUAUAUUGUAAAUAUUACAUACAACAAUGUUAAACCCGACGACAGAAUAAAGCGAAGUUCACCACACGAAUCCAAAAAGUUUGAUGGAAGUUCUUUGUCCAUUUUUCUUCCAUUACCCAAUGAUGAGAAAGACCAAACCCUAACUGUUCAGUCGGCUACAGAAGCAGGAGUUUCUCCUAAAUAUACAACAAUUUAUGUUCCCGCGAAUAGGAAAGAAAUUGAUAAUGAUCUCACAAGACUUGAAUCUCAAAGUUAUAAUGAAACACAUGAUCAACUUGAUGUAGAAGAUGUUGCUACUGCAGACAGACUUGACAUCUUCUGGUGUUUGGGAAUAUAUUUAUCUGCGAAGAAAUUAGUAGAUUGUAAGUCUGGUAUUCACUAUGUAACUAUUUCACCAGCUACCAAAACCAUUAUUAUUCCCAGACCAAAGUUAGAAAUGCCCCAAUGUAGUAGGUGUGUUUUACAUUAUGCUGUUGCCAUGGAAAAGAAUAAUUUAUCAAGUUCAAUGUUAUGGGACUCGGCAUCAGAACCUAAAUUACUUCCUAUAGUACAUGUAGAUGGUAUGGUUUACAAAAUAGAGGAACAUUUAUAUUGGAUCAUCAUACCAAUUGCUGCAGUUUUAUUUGGGUUUUUUGUCUUUACAUUAUAUAAAUGUAAUAAAUGGAGGAAUAACAACUACAUGGCAAAAGUCAAAUUUCCUGACAUGGAAUAUGCUAUACAUGCACAAUAUGAACAAGUUCAAAGAAGAACGUUGAGUAGUACUUCAAGUGUGGAAGACAAUAGUGAUAAAGAUUCAACAGACAUGGCAGAAACUUGUCCUGAUAUACCCAUAAAUACAGAAGCAAGUGGUAGCAUAAAUUCCAAGCCACUUACUGAAACGAGCGGUUUUACUAAUACUGGAGAAAGUAGAAGUACAGAGCAAUGUAGCAGCCCCAUCUCGUCAGGAUCAAUAGGCAGUGGUCAGUGUUUGAUCAUAGUAGGCUCUGGCAGUGGUAGCAUAAAUUCUGAGCCUUAUAGCAGUGAUUGUUAUAACAAUUUGAGUUUCUCAUGACAAAUAUACAGUUCGUCAGUGCCAUAGAUGUUGGUGAUUGUACACAGAACUGUUUAAAUUAUCAAGAAAUCUCUGGUUUUGAGUUCUUUUGUGUUCUUCAGCAAUCCAAAUUAUAAAUCUCUUUGUGAAGAUUCUAUUGUUGAUUCAAGAGCUAAUCCAGAAGUAUUUAAGUUUUGAAAGCUGUUGUAAUAUUCAGUAUUAUUUCUCCAUGUGAUAAACAGUUGAUUUUAAUAAUAUUAACAAACCAUAUAAGAUUUAACAAUCAGUAGUAAUAAUUAUGAACAUUGUGCAGGAAAACUAUGCAACUUUAUAAAGACAGUGCAAACAUACUUUAAAAAGCUAAUUGUCAAUUCAAGUGAAAGUGAAAUCAAAGCAAUUAGCUAAGUGAACCUACUUUAAAAAAUAUCCUCAAGCUAGUGGGGUGGGGUGUCAAGUGUCCUGAGAUAGAGUUGGCAUACCAUGCCUCAUAUAUGACACCCAUCACAAGGCAGAAACAAGGUCUAAGAUAAUAUUUUGAACAAGUGAAUGAGUGAAUCUUGUAAAUAAGUUUAUUAAACUGAUAUCUAGACCAUGUAAUAAAUCCAGCAGCUAUACUUUAAUUGUCAAUAAAUGUGCAUGAAAUUGCUAAUGAUUUGAUCAUCAUGACAUUUCAUUUGAGUUCAAUAGGGCAACUUAAAGGAGAUUGUCUACCCUUUUCUAUUCUCUCCUUUUAAGUCUCUUCAAAUGAAUAAAUUGUGACUUGAAACUUUAAUGUGGAUCAUUUGUGGUGUCUUACUAGUUGGAUAUAUUCCCAUAGACUAAUUAAAAUUAUACCAACAUUUCAUUCAGUUUCAUCAUUUGACUUUAUCUUGGUCUAAAGACAUUACUUGCAUAUUAUAUGUUAGAUUGUUAAUGUAUUAUAAAGGAACUUUACUGAUCCACCAUAUUUUUACUACAUUGCACAUAGUUAUAUUAUAUUAUAAUAAUUGAUCAUAUUUUUAUAGGGGAUCACGGUGGGUAAGAUGCUGGCUCGCUAGCCUGGAGGUCAGGUGUUCAAUCCCUGCAUUGGCCGAGAAAGUUCAUCCAGAUUUUCCGGCAUGGUUCAGUCAUUGUUUUUUUAAGGCGAGCGAAGGCUCUCAAGCGCCUGCCGCUCACCUGAAUAACGACCAAGGAGAGCUUUUUCUCCCUCUCCUUAAAACUAAAAAUCGCUCUCCUUUACAAAGUCAUUGGGGGGGGUAUUUUCAUUUAUGAAACCAGGAAUGACCCCUAACAUGCAGUUAUUAAUCUUCAGAACCAUUUCCCAUACACACAACUAAUCACUCUCCUUGAUAUCAGAUCACUUUUCUUAUCAAAACUGGGAGAGCUUUUUUAGGGGAGCGAUUUUUUCAAUUUGUUGAUUAAGGGGAGCUUUUUUCGGCUCUCCUCUAAAAUACAAACAACAACCACUGAUGGUUCUCCCUUGUCAGUGAUGCAGGAUGGAGAACCUGACAAGGACAGCUGUCUAGUCGUUCGGAUGGGACAAAAAACCGAGGUCCCGUGUACACAUUGGCGUGCACGUAAAAGAUCCCUUGGCAGUUGGAAUUCGAUAUAAGAGUAGGCCGUAGCCCGGGCAAAAUUUCCCUCGUAGCACACUGUAUGGCGUAUGCCCAUCUUCAUUAGCCCAGUUUAGGAGCAGAACAGUACGACGUUAAACCCCAUUUCAUUUAUAUAGUCAUUACAUAUAUAUGCUGAUCAACAAUUGCUUGUGAAUACCAUGAGGUCUCAAUUGUACAUGUUCAUCUGUUUUAAUGAAACUUAGUAUAAUUUGCAUCACCUUAAUGACUUGUUAACACACUGGAGUCCGCUCCUUUUUCGUAUGCUUUUAAUUAAACUUGGUAUGUGACUUGUGGAGUUAUGAACCUUGAUAUUCUGAAAUAUGUCAAAACUAAUCCAAUGCCUUUAUUAGUCUAAGCAGAAAAUGCUUAUUGAACUUGGUCACAGUAUUGAUGUAAUGUAAUUAUACAUGGAGUUUCGUCACUCUCACUGAAUUAGAAUCAAAUUUAUUGUGGUCUAAAGUCUUGACAUAUCAUAUGGUUUGUCAGUUACUUACUAUGCUCAAUCUCAGUACAAACUGUUCAUUAUCAAGGUAUUGAUGAAAUGAGACAGGCUGUGCACAGAAUUUCAUCACUUUUAUAACCUCUGACACCCAAGUUGGAACAUUCUACCUCAAAAAUAAAAAAUUUGUGUGUUUUUAUUUAUAAGGUUUUGGAUAUUUUUUAUUUUUUUUAUUUUAAUUUCAAUUUUAAUGUUUAUUAUUCAAGGAGUCGUCUCUCUCUACUUAGUCAAAAUACCUUAAAUUUGGCAUGUACCACUUAUUUAAACACCCCAGGCUAGUUCUUGUUUGCUGUCAUUUCUGACAUUUUCUCUGGCAUACUCCCUCUAGUCAGAGGUAAGAUCCAAAGUGGCAGGAAUUUGUGAAUAGUCAUUUUGAUUGGCCAAGAAACAAAAUCCCAGGAAACAUGGCAGUAAAAGAUCCCUUAAUAGAUUGUAUUUGAGUUUAGAAUUCAGAUACCAUUCUAGGACAAGAUGGCCCUUCCUCGGUAUAGCACAGAUCAUAUUAUGUCAUUCCAUACCUCAAUCUAUGAUUUAUAUAUAGCAACAAAAUUAAAUUUUUAUCUAUAAAUAUAAGAAGUAUGUAGGUAAGCAGACUGAAACUCCAUUUGAAUUACGUUAAAUUAAUUCCAACAUUAAUUUUGUCAUAUCAACAAAACAAAGUGAUCAUCAUUGUGACUGAUCUAGUCAUUCUAGCUAUAUUUCUUUUUAUAUGAUCAUUAUGAUUCAUUUAUUUAGUAAAUAAUUAUCAAAAGUUCCUUGUUAUUGUUUAGUGUAAACAGCCAAUACAGUUAUUUAAUAUAUUUGUAAAAAUGCUGAAAAUAAAUUUCACACAAAGUUUU